UUACAGAGAAAGAAACGGAUUCAGCCCUUGGCUGGAUGCAAUCGCGGAUUUGGCUGAGCAGGCAGACAAAACAAAGAAAAUAGACAGGCCAGCAAACAGGUAUUCCCAAUCACGUGUAAAGGGUUUGGGCCAAUCGCAGCGUGAGCGUAAAUAAGCACAAGGCUCACGAAAACGCCCUUUAUUUUUCUUCCUGGGCGCAGCAUAGCACUGCUCAGCUCAGCUCAGCUUUGGCGUCGCUGUCGUUCAUUGCUGCUGCCAUUUGCUGUGCUUUCCAUUUUGGCUCUUGCAUUCGCACACUCCACAUUUUAGCACGCUCAAUUCGUAACAAUGCACUUUUGUCCGUCGUGCUCAAACUUGCUUCUGGUCGAGAACGGCGUCGGACAGAACGGCGAGACCUGCCUGGUGUGCCAGACGUGCCCGUACAUGUUCCCUAUCUCAAGGCCGUUUAUCUCACGCACGAUUCUUAAGCGCAAAGAGGUCGACGACGUGCUGGGCGGCGAGGAGGAGUGGGCUAACGUAGACUCUAUCGAGAUUUCGUGUCCAAAGUGCCUCCACGAGCGCGCGUACUUUAAGCAAAUCCAGAUGCGGUCGGCCGAUGAGCCGAUGACUGUGUUUUUCCGCUGCUGCAGCAUGUCGUGCAACUUCAACUGGAAGGAGAACUGACUUUGUUAAAUAUAAAUGUGCGCGCAAUCGAGUGCCGCUUUCCCUAUUCCAAAUAGUGCUUUUUUAUACUGCUGCUUAAUGUCAAUCCCUUUAGCCACGCGCCUGUGCCAUAAAUACAAACAAACACCGAUUUAACCCGGAUCCCCUUUUAUGCCGUUCCGCCAGCCGGAAGCCUUGGCUACUGAAAAUUUUGUACUAUAAUCCAGAAGCUUUAUUGUAUUUACUUGGGGCACUUUGUCGGUGGUUACCACCGGCAGUGUAACUUGACUCCGAGUAAAUCUAUCUGCUAUCUCAGAUCAAAUUGUUCUUUGGCUCGAUUUACUGUCCUCUGCUGCCUUUUUCUGUGGCCCGCUUGGAUCAUUUACUCGAGGUACAUUUUUCAAAUAAAACAAAACAUUAAGCAACA